CUUCCGGGUGAGAGGUACAGUAAGUUUGGAGUGAUCACUGAGAAGCAGCCAGAUGAUUGACAGAUUUUCCCUAGUAAAUAUCAUUUAUUUUUAUUUCUUAGUGAUUUAAGUGUUAUCGAUUAAUCCGACUUUGGACUUGCAUGUACGUGUUAUUGAUAUUUAAGCUAAAAUAGCGAGAGACUUGAUGAGAAAAGCAACAUGGUCUGCUGUGUGGUGCUGUAGUUGAUGUAACGUUAGUUAGUAAAGCAGAUUCAUGAUCACUUACAGUCAAUAGGGGAAAGAACCAGUGAUUGUGUAUUUGGAACGAUACUUUCGUGUAAAUCGUCGUUUUUGGAGGUUCUGGAUGGAUGAGUGUGGUGAAUAUGAGCUCUCAGGAUAAGAAGACAGACUCAGACCCCGGACAGGAGGAGGAUCACAGCUGCACUGCCACUGAAGACAACAAACAGGAGGCAGAUAUUUGUCUGGGCAACAAUGAAGUGAAGAGCCGUGCGGUUGUGAAGUAUUCGGCCGCUCCACCCCCCACCACCUAUGCAUUGCUGCAGGAGAAGACCGACCUCAAGCUGCCACCAGCAAACUGGCUGCGAGAGAAUGCUCAGCUGGGCCCUGCCGGGACCACCGUACUCGGGUCCAGCAGGAAAAGCAAACCCUUCUCUAGUUUUGGGAUGGCUUACGACUUCAUCGACUGUAUAGGUGAUGAUGUUGAUGUUGUGUCUGAUUCAGAGAACAUCAAGAAGUUGCUGAAGAUCCCCUACAGUAAGUCUCAUGUCAGUAUGGCUGUUCACAGAGUGGGCGGCACUCUACUGCUAGAUGAACUGGACAUUCAGGAACUCUUUAUGAGGUCAUCACAGACUGGUGAUUGGACGUGGCUGAAGGAGUUUUACCAGCGUCUCAUUGACCAAAAGUGGCAGAGAAAGAAGAAAAGUAAAGAACACUGGAAUGAGAAAGCCAUCCUCUCAAAGUUUCUCUAUUACAGUAUUAACAGUGAUGGGACUGCGGUGCCUGUGCCAUCAGAUACAGAUCAGACAGCAGAAGAGGGUUGUGGGACGGCGGCUGAUGGACCGUCUUGGCCCGCCACCUUCAACAGUUCCACUACUGAUUCAGAGGAGUCUACGAUCCCCAAGGAGGAGCAGGUGGACACAUAUACUUUAGGUCAUGUGUCUUCAGUUCCCAAAGAACAGAAUCUACCCACACUAUUCAAUGAAGGAGAAAACAGUCAGGGUUUGAGAAAUGACUUUGUCCGGAAUAUUUUAUGGACAUUUGAGGACAUCCACAUGCUUGUGGGAUCAAAUAUGCCCAUAUUUGGAGGUGGUCGCUACCCAGCAGUCAGUCUACGGCUCAGGGACAACAACAAACCAAUCAAUGUUCUCACAGGAAUUGAUUACUGGCUAGAUAAUUUGAUGUGUAAUGUACCGGAGCUGGUCAUGUGCUUUCACGUCAAUGGCAUUGUGCAGAAAUAUGAAAUGAUAAAGACAGAGGACAUCCCAGAUUUGGAAAAUUCCACAUUUUCGACGCGGGUUGUGAAAGACAUUGCUCAGAAUAUCCUCUCUUUCUUGAAAUCCAACUGUACCAAAGAAGGACAUACGUACUGGCUUUUCAAGGCUAGCGGAAGUGACAUCGUAAAGCUGUAUGACCUCACUACUCUGUGUGAGGAGGCAGCAGAGGAGAAAUGCCAGAAUCCCUUCACGCUUCCUGUAGCGGUACUUCUCUACAAAGUGGCCAGCAACAUGAUGCUAAAGAAGAGCCAACAAAACAAAAAGAACUAUGGGACCAUCAGAACUCUGUUGCUUAACUGUAUUAAACUGCUGGAUGAGGAGAGACAUCCACAAAUCAUCGCUUCUGCUCACUACAUGCUGGCAGAACUGUUCCAACUGGAUGAUGUGAGUGAAGACGAGGGGAACGGGGAGUCACUGAGGGGCGGGGGAUCUGAAGACAGCUACAGUGAUGAAGAGGAGGAGGAGGAAGAUGAAGACGAGAGCUGCUCCUACAGCACCUCCUCUGAGCCACAGGACGACUCUAAAGCUGUGGCCGUCAUCAAGUCUGUCGGGGAGCUGUCAGUUCCAGAGAAAUACAAGAGCACACAUCAGAUCAGACCCAACUAUGCAUUUCCUGUGUCACAAGACAAGGAGGAGAAGUGUCGACUGGUUCUCAGCUAUGUUCUGAAAGGUCUAAAAGCAGUGGACAACAGCAUAAAGAAAGAGAGUGACCUUCCUGCGGCCGACCCCAGCACACCCAUCCCUCUAAAAUAUGAAGAGAGAAGUCAGAAUGGAGCUAGAGAUGUGGAGAAAGAGAUUGCUCUAUUGCUGGACAGAGUUGGUCCGUGUAGCAAGGAACUGAAGAUGCCGACGCGCUCCGGAAUGUUACCGGGCACAUGGCAGCAUCGUAUGAAACUGCAGCUGUUCCUGAAAGCGUCUAAAGCAUACUACGUCCUGUCAGAUGCUGCAACCAACUUGAUGAAGUAUGGCCGGGCACUGCGCUACAUCAAACUGGCUCUGCAGUGCCACGAUGCGUACUGCUCCAUCAGUGGUGGUCUCCACCCCCAGGUGCUUCUGUUCCACUGUCAGUGUCUGUCUCUAUGUGGAGAUGUUCAGCUCAUGUUGGCACAGAAUGCCUCAAACAGAGCUGCAUAUCUGGAGGAGUACAGCUACCAGACUAAAGAAGACCAGGAGAUCCUUCACUGCCUGCACCGCGAGAGCUCCUGCCAAGCCUUUAGCAUGGCCACUGAUCUGGCCACAGACCCAGAGUACCAGCUGAUCGUCAGCAGCAAGUGUUACGAGGCCGCCCAUGACCUUUUGACCUCAGGAGUUCUGAAGGACCUGGGACAGGAGCAGCUGGCUCAGGUUCUCAAACGGCUCGGUAACAUCCGGAACGAGAUGGGUGUCUUCUACAUGAACCAGGCCGCAGCAAUGCAGGCAGAGAAAGAAGGAGUGCGCAGGAGUGUGUGCGUGGCCGAGCAGGAGCUGUGGAAGAAGAGUUUUUCAUGUUUUGAGAAGGGCAUGCAGGAUUUCAGUAUGAUUUCAGACUCAGUAAACACAGCCCUGCUGCUGUGUAACAUUGGCAGACUCAUGCGUAUCUGCGCUCAGGCUCACUGCAUCAUGACAUCAGAUCACAGUCGUGGGGAGUUCUCACCUGAAGAGGCCCUCUACUACAACAAGGCGAUCGAUUACUAUCAGAGAGCGCUGAAGUCUCUGGGCUGCAGGGAGAGUCACUCUGCCGUCUGGGAUUCUGUGAACUGGGAACUCUCUACUACGUAUUUCACGUUGGCCACACUCCUCCAGGACUAUGCUCCGCUAUCCCGUAAAGCACAGGAACAGAUCGAGAGGGAUGUCACUGAGACCAUGAUGAAGUCUCUGAGGUACUGCGACCUGCAAACGGAGUCCGCUCGCCAGCCGCUCUACCAGUACAGAGCUGCGACCAUCCACCAUAGACUGGCUUCAAUGUACCACAGCUGCUACCGCAACCAGGUUGGAGACGAAAGCGUUCGUAAGCAGCACAAAGCUCUGGCAGAGCAGCAUUACAGUAAGGCUGUGCGGCUCUUUGUAAGUCUGAGUGACGCUCCGUGUGAGCUGCUCCGCACGCUUCUGGAGAGAGUGGCCUUCGCUGAGUUCACCAUGGCGGGUCAGAACAGCAGUGCUGUGAAACUGAAAACUCUGACAGGAGCUCUGGAGAUCAUGUGUGAAACACGUCAUGCAUUCAUUCUCAUACAUAAAGAGCUGCUGGAGCAACAGGAAAAAAUAUUGAUGUCAAAAGACUCUGACAAACCUGAAGAACUCCAUGAGGGUUCAGAUAGCUCUUCCUCCUCUGAGCUAAACACAGAAGAGGUUGUGAAAUUAACCGGCGUCUUCGAGCCCAGUUUCUCCUUCCUGUUGCUGCAACUGAUUAAACUCAGCACUGCAAGCAAACGUAAACUCAGUGGUAAAGAAGAGGAGCAGGUGAAGAUCUACAAGAAUGUAUAUUCUCGCCUCCUACGGGCUGAAAAGUCCGUCCCGCUCAUCCAGCGGGUUUCCCUUUUCCUGGAGCUGCUGGAUCAGCUGAACCCUCCCACAGAAAGUGAUGAAGCAAGAUCAUCAUCUUGAGAAUCAAAUCCAACAAGGACUCUUUAGCUUCCUGACUUAAUUAAUGCCAAACCUGUGACAAUUUGGAGUUGAAACAAUCUGGCUUUUACACAACCAACCACAGCUGAUGAUUAAGAUGAUAUAAAAAAAGGUUUCAGCUAGUUUUGGAAAGUGACUUGGUAUAAAAAUGUGAACUUUAACCCUCACCAGCAGUGCCUUUCUUAUGCUGGACUUCCUAUAAAGAGUUGACAGACUCUAACUAGAUCUCUCUUUCUUUAAUGAAACCAUUAUGAGAAUAAACCCAAACUGUACAGUUGUUUGUAGAGAAGAUAUUUAUUGCUAAUGGGGCAAUAUGUAAAAAAUGUGAACCUGUGGUUUUGUUUUACACACUUUUUAUUGAUAAAUACACUCAAAGGCUUUUCUGUUUUUGGUGCAUAAAUAAGCUCAUGUUUUUUUUUUUUUAAAUGCUGGGUUUCAAUAAAAAAAAAAAAAAAGUGCAAUAAUUUAGCAAAGGUCAAUGCAACAGGUGAUUAUCCAGAUACAGUAUUGUGAACAUUUGGGAUGGCUUGGCUUUUAAAAGUCUUCAAUAAAUUUCAAAUCUGUUCAAA